AUGAGGAAUCCUUUUGAUAUGUCUGACCUCGACGCUCUGGUCGAUGAACAAGAGCAGGAACAACCUUACAUUGAUAUUCACGCCUAUCAAACGCAUGACGGCAAUCGCUCUCUUCUGCAGCCGAAUGAAAGUCGUCGGGGCGACAAUCUGAAGGAUCGCUUCAUCGGUGCCAUUGACACCGGCACCACAAGCUCCCGGUUUAUCAUCUUUGACUGUACCGGUGUCCCGGUCGCCAAAUAUCAGAAUGAAUUCCGCCAGAUCCAUGAGCAUUCGGGAUGGCACGAACAAGACCCUUUCGACUUGGUAGACUCGGUCUACACGUGUAUCGAGGAGGCGAUGAAGUCCUUCAUGGCUCUUGGCCACUCACCGUCCGAGAUCGAAGCCAUUGGUAUCACCAGCCAACGCGAGACUACACUCGUCUGGGAUUGGGAGACCGGCGAGCCAUUGCAUAACGCUAUCGCGUGGCCCGACACUAGGACAAAGGGUCUGGUGCGCGAGCUGAAGGCCCAACCUGGAGCGGAUGACCUGAAGAAUAUUUGUGGCUUCCCCCUCUCGACUUACCCCUCCUCCGUCACCUUAGUAUGGAUGCUUCGGAAUCUACCGGAAGUCAAGAAAGCAUAUGAUGAAGGAAGGCUCGCUUUCGGCACUGUCGAUACAUGGCUCCUGUAUAACCUGAACGGAGGACCUGAGGUGGGUCACCUGGUCACCGAUGUGACAAAUGCAUCAAGGACGAUGUUUAUGAACCUGAAAACGCUUGAUUAUGAUGAAAAUUUGUUGGAUUUCUUCGGUAUCGACAGGAAAAAGAUCAGACUUCCCAAGAUCCUCCCAUCAUCAGACCCGGACGGAUACGGGUGGGUCAGAGGAGGACCGCUUGACGGUGUCCCGAUUACCAGCUGCCUUGGUGACCAGUCGGCGGCCUUAGUCGGUCAUUGCGCAUUCACCCCGGGGUCGGCCAAGAAUACGUACGGCACAGGAUGUUUCCUCCUUUAUAAUGUUGGCGAGGAGCCAGUUGUCUCUAAACACGGUUUGCUUAGCACGGUUGGCUUCCAGCUGGGCAAGCAUCGGAAAGCCGUGUAUGCUCUCGAAGGUAGUGUGGCUGUGGCCGGAAGUGGUGUUUCAUUCCUGAUGAACAACAUGGGUUUCUUCCGUGAUUCGCGGAAAGUGAGUGAAGUUGCCGCGACGGUUCCUGACAGUGGAGGCUGCGUGUUUGUUACGGCCUUCAGUGGCCUGUUCGCCCCUUAUUGGAUCGAUGAUGCCAAGGGAACGAUCUUCGGAAUCACUCAACACACGCAGCGUGGACACAUCGCACGGGCCACUAUGGAAGCUGCCUGCUUUCAAACUAAGGCGAUUCUCGAUGCCAUGGAGAUGGACAGCGGACACGCAUUGUCGGAACUCGCCGUGGAUGGCGGGAUGAGCAACUCCGAUAUUUGCAUGCAGACUCAAGCAGAUAUUAUCCAGAUCCCUGUCGAACGCCCGGCGAUGCACGAAACGACUGCCCUGGGAGCCGCAAUCGCAGCAGGGUUCGCCAUUAAUGUCUGGAAGGAGUUUAGCGAACUCAAGAAUAUGAACCGUGCCAAUCGGACGACAUUCCAACCUCACAUAUCCGCCGCGCGGAGUAAGAAGAUGUAUAACAAAUGGUCCAAAGCCGUCGAGAUGUCUCGAGGCUGGACGGACCCUAACGAGGAGUCAGAGGAGGAAUAAUUGCAUAGCUCUAUAAGCGACAUAGGAGACUCACCUAUAUACAUAAUUCUGGGAUGAAAUCUGCGGUUUAGCGUUGUCUUUGUUCUUUUCACGUCUUGGGGUUCUGGGUAUGGGCCAACCCGGCGGUGGAGUGUCUUUUUUGGAUACCCGAUUAUCACAUCAGGUAGUUCUGGUAUAUAUAUUCAGGAAUAUCAAUGCAUAUAUCAAGUCAAAUUUGUCAUUGUCUAUAGAAUCGAGUAAGUCUUUUUUGGCUGAUUGAUACCGGUCGUAUCCAAAUUGCUACAACUUUCGUCUAAUACUACUAGUAAUAACCUGAUAAAACGUUCAAUUGAAGUGUAUAGCACCUUCUUUACUAUAUAGUGUCGG